CUCACAAUCUUCUUCUCAAUCAUUUAUUUAUUUAAUUCAAUCUUAAUAAAAAAAUAACAACAUGGUUUGCUUCGAUAAAAUGUGAAUUUUGUUCUCUAGUCCUUGUUUCUGCUAACUGAUUGAUUUUGUGAUCUCCCUUUCACUCAGACAUUGGUUUUAUCACUACACCUUUCCUUCGUUGACCUCCUUCCUCAUUCAACAAAAAAUAUUUACAGAAGAUUUCUGCAUUUGCAAUUUAGUUAGAGGGUUUGUGAUGCUUUGAAAUCCACAAUAUCAAAUGGGUUUUUUCAUUUUUUGUUUUUCUUUGACCAAAUUCCUUGUUUUCUCAAAUUGAUGUGAAAUUUCGGAUUUUUCUGAAUUUAAAGUAAUGAGAAUCUGAGAUUAUUAAAUGGGUUUUUUAGCUUUUCUGCAAAUGUUUGUGAAUGUUCCUUCUUUUUCAUUUUUGUCUUUCGUAGUAAUUUUGCUUGAAAAAGGUUAAUGGAAACUUUUUCUGCAAUAGUACAUCAUCUUCUCUGCAUCACUGACUUUACUUUUGAAUUUUUUUUUUGGUUUUUGAGAUUCUGGUUUGGAACUCUGUGCUUUAGGUAGGUAUUUCCUGAGGACAUUAAAAAAGGUUCCUUUUAUGGAAAUGGGAUCUGCUUUUUCCCAUCUCAUCAUUAAAAUAUAUAUAUAGUUAUGUAGUAGCAUCAAUAAAAAUAAAAUAGUAGGAGUACUAAUAGCAACAGUAGUAGUAAUAAUAAUAGUAAUUGAUGCUUUAUAAUCUGAUUCCUCUGGUAAAGUAACUCAUGGUGGUCAUGAUUUUAUACUACAGAGAUUGUCUCAUCUGCUUAAUGUCCUAAACAAUUCCAAAACUGCUUAUGUUUUGUUUUGUCUCUCUGUUUUGGUUAGUGCAGGCAGGUAUACACAUAGGAGGAUAUGAUUAUGGAUAGGGGUGACUAUUCUGACUUGGUUAAGCUUCUGAGUUCUGACUCACAGAAAAAAUGGAGGGUGACACAUUCUCUGGUGGUCUUGGCAAUGGUAGUACCCAGGUUGUUGAUGGCAAGAUCUUGCAGACAUUUCAGAAAAGCUUUGUUCAAGUCCAGAACAUCUUGGAUCAGAACCGGGUACUCAUCAAUGAGAUAAACCAGAAUCAUGAGUCUAAAGUCCCUGACAAUCUCAGUAGAAAUGUUGGACUUAUUAGGGAGCUCAAUAACAACAUCAGAAGAGUGGUUGACCUUUAUGCGGAUCUUUCAAGUUCCUUUACCAAAUCCAUGGAUGCUUCUUCUGAGGGAGAUUCCACUGGUGCUGUGAGAUCAGAUGGGAAAGCUGGCCACAAACGACUCAGGCCUGCUUAGGGAGGAGUUUGUUUUCUUUUUCCUCAAUUUUUUGUUUUGUUUGGUGGGAGAUGCACAUCACAAUUGUGCAGAGGGUUAGAUAGAAGAUUAGGUUUAGUGCAUGUUUGAAAAUCAUUCGGCAAAUGAUUGUGAAAUCAGAAUUGAUUCUGAUGAGAAGCUCAAGUGAAUAGCUUCUGUAUGUCAGAAUGGAUUUUGAAGAAAUAGAAAAUGAUCCAAACAUAACAUGCUAUCAGCUCAAGUUCUCUUGUAUUACAGAGCUUUCUUUACUCUUUAGCUUCUCAAUUAUUGCUUAUGCUUCAAAUAAAUAAAUAAAAAAUGAUUUUCCAGAA